ACUCAGCAGCAGCCAUAUCUUCAGCAACAGCAUCAUCAUUGUAGUCAUGUCUGAGGUGCGAAUAUCAGGGGUUGAGCAAGGACGGAGGAAUGCAAAGGAACCCCCUGAUACCAGCCAUGACACCCCACUCAUGACACUUUUCCGAGGCUAUUCCAAGGCACUGGAUGAAAAGAACGACAAAUACGAGAGAAUAUACAAGACGAGCAGAGAUGUGACGGUUCGUAGCAAGAGGAUCAUCUUCUCCCUUCAGAGAAUCCCAGGGUUAGCUGAAGAUGAAAAGGGAAAUGUGCUUACUUCUGCUGCUAAUGAUUUGCGAGAUGUGGAACAGACACUGUUGAAACACAUUGCAAUGGAACUUAGAGAUGAAGAUCCCCACCAGUUUGUCAAUGCUUACACCUCAGGAAUCCAAGAGUAUAUAGAGGCCCUGUCCUUCCACUUCUUCUUGCUCACAGAAACCAUCAUCAGUCACAACGAGGUUCAGGGACGCCUGACUUUUGGCUCUCAAGAUCAAACUGACAUAGUGCCCAUUAGUGUCCUUGUGCAGGCAAAGGAAUAUAUACUUGGUAUUGCUGAUCUUACAGGAGAGCUCAUGCGUUUCUGUAUAAAGUGUGUUAGUACAGGGGACUUUGAAAUGUGCUUUAAGAUCUGUGAUGUCCUCAAGAAAAUGCAUGGAGGAUUCUUAUCUUUGGGUUAUAUUCCAGCCAAGGAGCUUUAUCACAAAAUGAUGGUGUUCAGAUCUAGUUUACAUAAAGUAGAAGAAGCAUGUUAUUCAUUGCAAUUGAGGAAAUCAGAGGUUCCUGCAGAAAUGCUUGGUGAUGUGUUUGCUAUGUAUGAUGCAGAUGACCAGAAUGUUGCAUUUGUUUAAAUUUAUAGCAGCAUAUUUUAUGGAGUGUUCAGAUUAUAAAAAAAAUUUUCCUUUAAAGACAUUGGCUAUCUCUCACCAAGGCAGGGUGACCCAAAACAAGGAAACACAUUAACUAUCAUUCACUCAGUAGCUGUCUUGCCAGAAGUGUGCAGACCUCACAAUUCAAUAGACCCUCUGAAUUCUUACAUCCCUAGGCUUCCUUUAGAGUGCAGGCACAGUACUUUUCACCUCCAGGACUUACAUCCAGUUACAGUGGACCCCCGUUUUUCAUAAUUAAUCCGAUCCAGAGAGCGUGACUAAUGGCGAAAUUGAUGAUUUGCAAAACCAUAUUCCCCGUAAGAAAUAAUGUAAAUCCAGUUAAUCCGUUCCAGACACCCAAAAGUAUUAAAACAAAAUAAUUUUUUUACAUGAAAUAUAGAUGUACAUACACAGAAAACAAUGAGACAUGAAUAAAACAAUAAUAACAUGAGACUUACCUUUAUUGAAGAUUCUUCAUAGUGUAUGGAAGACAGGAGGAGGGGAGAGGAUGGAGAAAUUACUGUUUGGAAGGGGAUUCCCCUUCCAUUAAGACUUCAGGUAUCAAGUCCUUUUCUGGGGUUACUUCCCUUCUUUGUUUUUUAAUGCCACUAGGACCAGCUUGAGUCACUGCACACCUGUGGCACUAAAUAUCUGGCCAGAGAGCUCUGUUUCUGGCAUCUCUUUAAAAUUUCCCUAAAAUGGGACAAGACAUUGUCAUUGUACAUGUUGCCGACACGGCUUGCAACAGCUUUGUUAGGGUGAUGUCCCUCCACAGAUCUUUCCAUCCUAUUCCACAUUGCACAAAUCUCCCUUACUGCCACCACCUACCACCCUCUCCCACCAUCACUACCACCCUUUAUCACCAUCACAACCACUACCACCCUCUACCACCAUCACUACCACCAUCACUACCACCCUCUACCACCAUCACUACCACCCUCUACCACCAUCACUACCACCCUCUACCACCAUCACUACCACACUCCCACCAUCACUACCACUACCACCCUCUACCACCAUCACUACCACCCUCUACCACCAUCACUACCACCCUCUACCACCAUCACUACCACCCUCUACCACUAUCACUACCACCACCACUUUCAUAUUUUUCUACAAUCUUUUUGUUUAAUUCUAUCGUGUUUGUCACCUUCUUUACCAGAUGGCUGGCACUAGCUUUCUUUGGGCCCAUGGUGGCUUAUUUAGCAGUUUCAUGCACUAAAAUGAAUGGAAUAUUACAAAAAGUAUCGUAUGAAUGCGUGGUAUCGUGCUCACUCACUGAUAAACAAUGGCACACUGACUGUGAAUGGUGUGUGGGGCCGUUCAUAUACGUUUGGGCCGAACGACUAUUUGCAAGUCAAACAAUGAUUCGCGAGUCAAUAUUUUGAUGAAAAAAGUUACGAUUUGCGAAAAUUACGAAUUCCAGUGCUUACGAAAAACGAGGGUCCACUGUAACUGGUUUUCCUGAAUCUCUUCAUAAGUGUUACAUUGCUCACACUAACAACACAGCAAACUGUAAGAACCACUCACUUCAAACUAACACACACUCACAAGCAUGCUAAAUACUGAAGCCCCUAGCACUCAAAACCUCCUUAUUCCUUCCCUCCCUCCAGCACUUCCUAGAAUGACUCUUACCCCUCCUUCCUUGCUACCCAGAUUUAUACACCCUGCCCAAACCACCUCACCAUCACUUCCUCAACCCUCUGAAUUUAAUUUACCUGUUGAUUUAUUUAUGUUUUCAUAUCUGUUUGUAGUUAUAAGAACAGAGCUAUGCUUAUGUCACAUGUUCACUAUAGGUUCCGUAUUACAUCCUCUUUUCUUCUAGGGGUGCUUGAAUGCUGCUGAAGGGCCAUUGAUCCAAGGAAUUGGAUUAUUACUUUUAUAGUUAGGGAAAAGCACUAAACUCAAUGGGGUCAUACAGUAAUUUUAAUAAUGCAGUCAUUUUAUGCUCUAAAUUCACUGGGGUCAUACAGUGGUGUGGGUAGGGGUGUGCAAGAAGUAUGGAUGUACAAGGGGUAGGGAUAUACCAACCGUUACCCAUUGCAUAUUGCUACCCUUAAUACACUCCUCCCCUGGUACACUCCUACUUACAGGGUCAUACAGUGAUUGGGGAAUAAGAGGCAAUCAGGUUCAAUCCAACGAAGGGGAGAACAGGUCCAAUUAUUUGAAUAAAGAAUCCCUCACCAGCAUCAAGAAACUUCCCUUGAGGAACUUAUUCUCCCAUUCCUCAGAUCAAACCUGAUUACCUUUCAUUUCUUAGCGAGUGAAUGACCCAACGGGUUCAACAUUUUCCCAUGAAUACAAUAUCAAAUAAUUACAGCUUCUUGGAUCCUAUUCCAGCAGUCUAUCAUUAUUUGUAAUGAAACAUUUUCUGCUUGAUGUUGCUGUAAAAUAUUUCUUCUUUAUUGUAAUUUUUUAAAUACAUUGGCCAUCUUCCACUUGUAUUUCUUAGCUCUGGGAGCUGUAGGUGACCACAUCUUUGUUGUUAUAGUAACAGGUACGUGCUUAUUGUGUCCUCUCUUCAAGGUUUUACUUUUCAUUUUGUAGUUUCCAAUGGUUGUAUCACAUACUGCCUCCUUUUGGAUUUCGAUACAUUCCGGUACUCUGCCAAUCUUUAUAAAGAAAAUUUUUCUAGUAGUCUUUUGCACUACUUUUUUCUCAGUUAAUAAAUGUAGUCUUUUGUUUUCUAGGUUGAUAUUGCUAAGAAAUUUUAAAAAUUUUUGUUAUCUAUUUAUGAUUUUAUAUAUGGAUUUAUAUAAUGUCUCUACUUUUCCUCCUUUUGGCCAUUGUAAGAUUUUUUUGUAGUGUCAGGCAUUAUUCAUAAAUUAUACAGUAUUUUUGACUCUGUAAAUCACAUUUUGUGUGUGGGCACCACAUUCUUGCUGUAAAUUCCAGUUUUAAAAUAAUCUAAAUUGUUAACUGCUUUUUUAUCAUUUCUAUAGAAAUAUAUCUGAAUUCUGUUUUGAUGUCUCUCUCUCUCUCUUUCUUUCUUUCUUUCUUUCUCUCUC